AUGGAUUCAAAUUUAAAAGAAAAUAAUUGUUAUAUAGUUAAUGAGGGCGUAGAAAACGAAAUGCUCAGUGCUUCAUAUGUAAUAUAGAAAUUAGAAUAGGAAUUGAUCAAUCCAUUAAAAUAUUUUGAAGAGUGCACCUAUAAAGAUAUUAUCAAAAUCAAAUCUUUUGAGUAGAAUUAAAAAUAAUGUAUUCCAGAAGUGAAACAAAAUUUUAGGCGAUGCAAGAUUUUUAAUAAAGAUAUUGAUAUUUUACUAAAUAUUGAUAAGUAGAGUAAUUAUAAUAAUACAUAGCAUGAAGCUAAUAAAAAGGAAGAACAUUAAAUUGUUUCAGAAGGAAGUUCAGAGAUUUCUGAUUCAUCAUAAAAUUAAAAUCUAAACAAUGAAUCUAAAUACUUAAGUUCACAGAACAUAUCUUGUUCUGAAGCAGAAAGCGAAGAAUCUGAAACAAUGCAUACGGAGUUAGAAGACAUGUAAAAUAUUAAUCAAGACUUGGACGUGGAUGAUGAUAAUGAUGAUGAUGAUGAUGAUGAUGAUGAUGAUGAUGAUGAUGAUAUUAACACUGUAACUACCUAACCUCUACUUGAAGAGGAGUAAAUUGACAUUUAAGGGCUUUAGGAUAACAAAGAAGUAGAAGAAGAGUAGAAAGUUAAUAACGAAAUCUAAUAAAUAAGUAUAUAAAAAGGUGAUCUUACCUAAAAUGCUACAAUCGAGGAACUAAAUAAAGAAGAAUAUUUGGACAAGACAAAUUUAUAUGAAAUUAAUAAUUUGAAUGAUUUUUAGGAAUAUUUAAUUAAGAAUAUUGAGUAAAAUGUUGAUUUAAAUGAAUAAAUUCUUCAAAAAUUAGAGCUUGUUGACAACAAAGAACAAAUUAAAAGCUACUUAAACUAAGUUUGCAUAACUAUAGCUCACUGGAAUCUAAUAUACAUCGUGCAAAAAUUGAAUUUAGAUUAUUAAUAAUAAUAAUAAUUAUAGUAAUAAUAAAAUAUAAGAAAUAAUUAUUCCAAAUUUUAGAGAGAGCCAUUAAAAGAUUAGAUUAGAUUUUUUUAGGAUUUAAAUGAAUUUUAUAGGAAUCAUAUUUACUUUAAUGAAUUUACUUAUUAUUCAACUUGUUAGAAGGAAUAUUUUGAAGCUUUAAUAGACUAAUUUUUAGAUUUUUAUAUUAAACAGUAACAAGAAAUUAAGAUUUAUGAAAAAGAAUAUUAAAAUUUAAUUCCAAUAAAACUUUACAUCAAAAUAGAAAAGUUUAAAUUAUUUAAUUAAUUCUUUUUACAGUAACUCAAUAGUUUAAUUCAAGAGAUUUAAAAAAAUGAUUCUAAUCAGCCUUCUUUAUCAGACAAAAUAUUUUGUAUAUUUCUUUUUACUAAAUCAAUUAAAUUCGAAAUUGAACUUUACAUAAAGUAGCUGCCAUCUUACUCAGCAAAAUAUAGCAUUUAAAGUUAAAUUUAUGACAAUUAAGAUAGCAAAGUUUAAUUGUUGAUGGGACAUACUGGAAGUGGUAAGUCAACUUAAGUGCCUCAAAUGCUUUUUGCUUUAAAUAAUUUGUACCUAAAAAGUAAAUAUCUGACAAAUAAAACCAAAGAAAAUGUUAUAUUUUGUGUGUAGCCUAGAAGAUUAGCUUGCAAAAUGCUAUAUGAAAGAGUUCAAAACGAAAUGUACGAAUAUGGAUAUCAGGUUGGUUACUAUAUAGGCAAUUUAAAACCCUAAUAAAAUUAUUAAAAAAAGCAAAUAGUUUUUAUAACUGAAUAGAUUUUUAUAGAUGAAUUUGUGAAAUACUAGAAAGGAUAAAAGUCAAUCCUUAGCUAAUGCUCUCAUGUGAUUAUUGAUGAAGUACAUGAAAGAAAUCUAAAAACUGAUAUUAUCAUUGGAUUAAUUCAUAGAUCUCUAACUAACUCUAAAUUAAAUAAAAGCGGGAUCAACUUUAUACUAUCGUCUGCAACAAUAAACAAAGAAUCUUUUUAGAAGUACUUUUCAAAAAAUAAUCUGAAAAUUAUUGAGAUUUAAGGCCACUCUUACGAUGUUAAAGUUGAAUACUUGGAUAGCACUUACUAAAAUAAAAGUAUGAAGGACAAAAUUCUUGAUUAGCUUGAAAAAAUUAUUGAAAUGAAUAACUAAGAUUCAUUUAUAGAAGCAGAGUUUUAAGGUCAUAUCUUAAUAUUUCUUUAAGACUAAAUAGAAAUAAAUGCAAUUUUAGAUGAGGCUGAUAAACUUUUAAAAAAUAAAAAAAUUUACAAUAAAAAUUAUGAAAUCAUGCAAUUACAUGGUAAAAUGCAUCAAAGCGAUAUUUAGAAAGUUUUUGAGUAGAGAGAAAGAGUGACAAAAAUAAUUUUUUCAACAAAUAUUGCUGAGGCUUCGAUUACAAUAGAAGGAGUAAGUGUUAUUUUAGAUUCUGGUUUAGAGAAGACAAUAAUAUUUGAUCCCAGCAGAAACUCAAAUGUGCUUACUGUUUAAAAUAUAUCUAAAUCUCAGGCUGAGUAGAGGAAAGGCAGAGCUGGUCGUACACGCGAGGGAAUAUGCUAUAGGUUGUAUACUUAGGAGCAAUAUUAAAGGUUUGAAAUUGAUAAGCAACCUGAAAUUAUGAGAUCUAAUUUAGGGUUUGCUAUUUUGAAGAUCAUUGAAGUAGGUGUUUAAGACAUAAAAUAAUUCGAAUUCCUUACUAAACCCAGUUAUAGUUUAAUACAAAAUAGCUUAAACACUCUUGAAGCAUUAGAGGCGAUAGUAAUAAAUAAAAAUCUUUGCAAAUUGACGGAAAUAGGAAAGUGCAUUAUUCAGACUAAUUUGGAACCAACUAUUGCCAGAAUAUUCAUUAAGGCAAUAUUUUUAGGAGUCUUAGAUGAAGUAGUGAAAGCGAUGGCUGUUUAUUCUGAAUAUAAUAAUAUAUUUUCCAACUCUUAAGUUAGUAGAGAUUUAUUUAAAGCAAUCAUGAAUGACUAUGAAUUUUAAAAUCAUAAAUAAAAAAAUUAUGAUCAAAAUUAGAACCAAAUAAAUUAGUACAACAGUGAUUUUGUUUUUAUGUGGAUUACCUUUGAAUAUUUAAAAAGAUAGUAACAAAGACAAAUAGAAAGAAGACAACAGUAUGCAAAUAAAAACAUUAAUUAUACAUUCAAAAAAGUUAAUGAAUACUACCAAGAAGCCAUGCAAUCUAUUUAAGAUUUAUUUAAAUAUUUAAAAAAGCGCUUUUCACUCCUUAAAGAAUAAGAUUCUAGUGAAGUAGGAUAAAUAGCUAAAGGUUUAAAGAAUGGCUAUGUGGCUAAAUAGUUAAUUCAAUAAAAAUAUGAUAACAUUGUUUAUGCUUUUUUCUCUGGAUUUUCCAGUUAGUUAGCCAUUUACACGGGAAUACAUAAGCUAGGAUUUUUGAACAUUCAAACAAAUGUCUUGUUUUAUGUUCAUCCUUCGUCAUCUCUAAAUUAUUAGAAAAACAGCAAAUAAACAAAUAGGGUAUUCUAAAAAGGUUAAAUACUCUUUUUUUCAGUUUUGGAAGAAAGAGAAGUAAACAAUUUUGCUAAAUUUGUUUCCUUUCUGAAUGAAGAUUGGAUAAAAGAUUAAUAAACUAUUUAAAAUAUGAAAGAUAAAUCCAACUAUUAACCAUAUAUCAAGUUGAAUGGAGAAAGACCAUUGUUGGAGUAUUUCUCAAGAAAUCAGUUUUUAAAUAUUUAAUAAUAAUUAGAUAAAAUGGAUAUACCUAAGAAGGCUAAAUAUUGUGUACUUUUUGAAAAAGAUAAAGGUUAUAUCCGCUUUUUUUGCAACUAAGAAAUGCAGCAAUGUAUGGACAGCUUAAAUAUUCCUCAGAUUUUUCAAGAAAGCAAAGACUAAUAUUUAAAAGAACAAAAAAAUGAGUAAAUUCUAAUUAGGUACAAAGACAGUUUUAAUUAUGCUUUGAUAAGAAAUGGUCUCACUAUCAAAAAGCUCAUUCUUCCUCAUGAAUUCCUUAGAGUUAGUUUAAUAGAUAUCCCAUUCAAAAGUAACUAGUAAAGCAUAAACAAUUUAGUGCAGCAAAUUGAAGACAAUAAAUUAAGAUAGUAUAAGGAAGUUAAAAUCAUUAAAGAUUACAUUAGCUAAACAGCUGUUGCUUUAUUUAUUUUCAAGAACACUAAAAAAGCAUUUGCUUUUUACGAAGCUUUGACAAAAAUGAAGAGAAGUAAAAUUGCAGAAUUGCUGUCAGCAGAGGAUAAUUAGCUACCGAGAAUAGUUCCUUAGCCUGAAUGCGAAUUUUAUAUAGAAUAAAUUAAAAAUUUAUCUAAAUCUGUACUAAGAGCUCAAUGGAGUAUAUGUGAAUCACUUUGCUUCGGUAAUAUGUACUUCAGUAACGAAGUGGAUGUCUUGGCGACCUAUGAUUAAAUGAAAAAAGCCAAUUUGUUUAAAGUAAAAUACAAUAUCAAAGAAGAUGCUAACAGUGGAAAUUUAAUUCAUAUCUUAGCCUUAGACAAGCUUGAUCCUCUUACCGAUGAAAUAGAUUUAUAAUCCUAUGUUGUUAACACCUACUAAGGUUAUUUAUCUUGUGAAAUUAAGAGAGAAAUAAUCGAUCUUUCCAUUUAGCAUAACAUAGACUUGGAAGAAGCUAGGUAAAAGAGAAAUCUUUAAAAUUUAAUCUAAGACACAAUUAACGAAUUUAAUUUCUUAAAUACCAAGCAGAGCGUUAAAAGUUAAAAAUUUUAAAAAGGCUAACAAAAAUAUUAAGAAGCUAAAGAAAAUAUAUAAAUAAAAUUAAAAAUACACAAUGGUGUUUGCAAGGCAGAGAUUAUGCUUGACUCUCAUGUAUAUGCUCAAGAGCUUGUCAAUAAGUUUGAUGGCAUUGAAUUUGAAUGCCAAAGGCUUCGUAUGUAAAUACAAAAUUAAUAAAAAAUUUUGGUUUUGGGUGCUGUUUACUUAUUUUACUAUGACAAUAUUCGCUAGUAUAUUGAUGAGGCAGGAUAAAGUGUUCAAGUCAUUGCUCCUAAAUACGAUAAAGUAUUUUAUCUAUCUAAAACGGUAGAGAUUAUUACAAAAUAAAUUUACUCAAGCUCAAGUUAGAUUUUUUAAAAGCUAAACUACUAAAUUACCAAUCUCAUUAAACCUGAUUUAAUUUAUUUAAAUUGUCUUCCACUUGAUCUAGAAAAUUUGAUGAAUCAGCAAAGUAAUAUAGUAGAAGGCAUGGAAAAAUAAUACGAAUGCAUAAUCAAGCUAUCAGGAAAAAGAAGCUCACAGCUUAAAGUUUGGUUUAGAAAGGAUAAAACAGGUGAUCAAAUAGCUUCAGAAAAGACGAAAAUUAAAUAAGUAUUUGAGGAAUACUUAUUCUAAAAAUUCAAAUUUAACAAACAAAAUUAUCAUUUUAAAUAAGUUGAAGAUUAUUUACAAAAUAUGCAAAAAAAAAAUAUCAUACAAAGCUAUGAAUAAGAUAAUAAAAACUUUACAAUCACAGCUACAAAAAGCUAAAUUUAAAAAAUUUAACAAGAAAUUAAUGACAAGAAUAAAAAAUAUCUUAAUAAGUAGAAAUCAAAAGUCGAACAACAAGAUGAUCUUGAGGAGGAAGAAACUUGUUAGAUUUGUUAAGAAUUUAAAAAUCUUUAAAGAUUCUCAUGUGAGUGCUUAUUUUGUAAAGAAUGUAUCUCUUUAUUCUUUUUAACUCAAUCCUAACAGUUCCAAAGCACAAAGCCCUUAGCCUGUCCAAAUCACCAAGAUUAGCCUGUCAGUAUUAAAUUAAUUGAAUCUAUUUUAGAUCCCCAGCAAUUAUAAGAACUCAUUUAAUUAAGAAUUGAUCACUCUAUUGAGAAUAUGAUUCACCCUACAAUACAAAAAUAAAAUUACAUAAGAUGCCCAUCUGUAAAUUGCAAUCAGUUUUUUGAAAGAAUAUAUCCAAAAGAACAAGAAGAUAAAGAGCAAUUAUCUAAUGGCAUACUCUCUUCCAAUUCAGAAACUUUUGAAGAAAUUCCAAUAUAAAAAAAAGGUUCUAAGAUACAAGAGGAGUUGUCAGCCACCGAAAAUUUUGGGAUAGCCCCUAGAAGAGUUAAAUGCUAUGGCUGUUUCCAAGAAUACUGUCUAAUUUCUUCAGGAAAAUAUUUUGAAGAACCAGAAAAAUAAAUACAUAAUACCCAUUCAGAGAGUACAUGUGAGCAAUAUUUUAAGCAAUUAUAAUAAGACAAAGAAAAUCUAAAGGGUAUCGAACUUAUCACAUGCCCAAAAUGUAAUUUUAAAGCCACUAAGGGAGAAGGCUGUAAUCACAUAACCUGUAAAUGCGGAGCUCAUUUCUGUGCAAAAUGCCUUAAAUAAUUUAAAACCUCGAAAGAAGUGUAUUAACAUUUAGAUAAAGAACAUCAAGGAUAUUACAAUUGA